AUGGUGCCAAUAGAUUGUUGUUAUGUUGGUUCACAUAAUUCUGCCUUCUUGCAGCAGGCUUCAUACAUAACAGGAGGUGUAUAUGUUAAGCCCCAACAUUUGGAAGGGUUGUAUCAAUACUUAGCGACUGUAUUUGCAGUCGACUUGCACUCGAGAACCUUCUUGCAACUGCCUAGGCCAGCUGGUGUAGAUUUUCGUGCUUCAUGUUUUUGCCAUAAAACAACAAUCGAUAUGGGCUAUGUAUGUUCUGUUUGCUUGUCGAUAUUCUGUGAGCAUCAUGACAAAUGUUCAACUUGUGGGUCAGUCUUUGGUAAGGCUCAGUCAGAUGCUGCAUCAGAUCGCAAGAGAAAGGUCUCAGAAUCGUAG